AUGGUCCUCACCGGCUCUCACCUGCGCGUGGCCGCCGGGCUGUGGGUUCCCUUCGUCAUGUUCGAAGACCAUGAGGACGGGACUUUCACCACCACAGGACUCCUCAUCGACCUUAUGGACAUCUUCGCCAGCAAACUCAACUUCACGUAUUCUGUGUUGAAAUCCGUGGACGGCGAGUGGGGUCGCCUUCACCCCAAUGGCUCCGCUACGGGAAUGAUUGGCAUGUGUCAGAGAAAGGAGGCGGACAUGGCCUUGGGUCCCUUCAGCAUCACCUACAUGAGGUCCCAAGUGAUAGACUAUUCUGUGCCGCUCUACAUAGACAGCUUCGGGAUCUUUCUGCCUCGGCCGUACAGGGAGAGAGAUCUGACUGGGUUUGUGAAGCCUUUUGGCUGGGAGCAUGGGUCUCGGCGCCAUCAUCAACCGGCUCUCCGUCCGCUGGUCCCUCCCGGAACCAGGCCUUCGGCUCGCGGCGGGAAGCCCAAGGCGAUCUUCCAGCCCAGUUGGAUCUUGAAGACGCUCCUCAUGGAACCUCUGUCAGCCCUGCCAACUUCCCUCACCGGUCGUGUCUUCAUGGGGACUUGGAUGGUGGUUUCUCUCAUCUUGAGCUCGGCCUACCAAGGGAUUCUGACCUCUCUGUUAGCUGUGCCGAAGGUUGAAGUUCCCGUGGACUCCUUGCAAGAUCUCCUGGACUAUGGCAAGAUGCCUUGGUCUGUCGAGUAUGGCACUGCCUUGCACCAGCUCUUCGGGGAUGCAAAAUCGGGCUUCUACAAGAAGAUCCACGACGGCAGCUUCCUAGUAACUAGCAGCUUCGAAGAGAGAGAUCGAAUGAAAAAGGAACGAUUUGCGAUUCUCUGCGACUUCUUCUCUAUGAAGUUGAUCAUGAGCGACGACUACGGCAAGACAGGGGAGUGCAGUUAUUACAUCGCCAAGGAAGUGAUAUGGUCAGCCUCCAUGGCCUUUGUGUUUCAGAAGGACAGCCCUGUCACCAAACACUUCAAUAAGUGCACUCCAGGAGAAAUGAAUAUGAACAGUUAA